AUGGCCCGAGACGACGGCGCAAGCUUCGCAGCCCAGUUGGUUUCUCAUCCCUCGGAACAGACCCUGUGCUGUCGGCUCAGGUUGCAAGAUUUGGGCCUCGCUGAGGCUUUAGAGGACAACUUGAAGUCCCAGAGUGAGCCAAGACCAGAGACAGACGAAGAGAAGGAACUGAAAGAGCUGGCCGCUAAGGCCCGCGCCAAAGCGCAGGGAACUGACUCUUCUCCACCAGAUCCAGUGCAGGAACAACAGCAUGAAGUGAAGCCGAAGGCCAACCUAGAGCAUCAGGCCUCGGAGCCUUGGGCCGUUGGCAUGGCCGCAGCUUCGGCGGCUUUGGCUGCUGGUGCUCCUUGUGCUGCCAGCGCCAAGAGAGGUGUCGAGGCAGCGCUGGCUGUGGGCCGUCAACAAGGUAUGCCUGCUGAGAGGUUGGAGGAGCUUGUCAUGGAGCUGGCAGCCAAGGUUGUCAUUGAUGAUCUCUUGAUGUCUUCAAAACCGGCAGAAGCAGUUGCAGCAGAAGCAGCCAAGGCAUCAGAUGAAGCAGGCGCUGCUGCAGGUGCUCCCAUGUGGAAACGCGCAAUGAAAGCAGCAGAAGCUGCCUCGAACGGCGUCAUGCAAGCCUGGGCUCAAAAUCCCGAUGCAUUGACUGAAGAGGUGGUGAAUGUUGUCACGAAGGCUACAUCCAAUGCUUCGGGAACACAGCUACAAGAUCUUCUCUCCAGGAUCGAAAGUGGCGUUGCAGCAGCUCGACGUCGACUUGAUCGAGAAAGUGGAGCAGCUGGAGACCGAGAAGUGAGUGCUGUCCGAGUUGAUCCGGGUCCGGAGGUGAGGAUCAAAACAGACCAGAAAGGCUUUGCAAAAGCAGCUGCACAAGGAUCACAAGGAGUAGACUUUACUUCGCUCGAUUCACCAAUCCAAGCAGAAAGUAAGGUCACUGAGGAUGCCACCUCAGAAGAAAGCAUAAGCAGCGACGACGACGACGAUGCACAGCCGAAGGAGAAGUCCAAGGCAAAACCUAAAGCAAAGCCGGAGGCAAAGCUUCAGGCAAGACCUGAGGCCUUGGCGGCCCCUACCUUGGCUGCGGACUCUUCGCGACUGCGGACCUCGCCACUCAGCGACCGCGACGACCGCCACCACGAGCGCAUUGAACAACUCCAGCGGGGCCCCCGCGCGGUCGACGCGUCGCGCGGCUCUGAUGAGCCCGAUCUCAUGUGGCCGAGGACGGGAAGACCAAAGAGUUUGGCACGUGCUGCGGACCAAGAUAUCAAGCUGACGGAAGCAACGAGUGAAGAGACCAUUGCUGUGCCCUCUUCGCCUGUGAGAGAAUCUCCAUAUGAACCUGCUUGGAAAAGGAAGGAUCUCCACAAAGAGCUAGAGGAGAUUAGUGAGAUUGAAGCGCAUGCGAUUGCCAUCAGGCAAAGCCUUCAGGAUUUGAAGGACGAAUACGAAGGAGCUGAUGUGGAUGCUGAGGCUGCAGCACUGAUGCUGGAACUGAAAGGCAGGCAUGUUUCCGAGAUUUAA